GUAGUAGGUAAGGUAAGAAGUAAUACCAUAUAGAUCACAGGGUCUGGUGAAGAAUUUAUCAAAAAGAAAAUACAACUAAAAUGGAAAGCCAAAUGGAAGAAAUGAAGAAGAUGAAGAUUUUAUGCCUGCACGGAUUUAGAACAAGCGGGAGUUUCUUGAAGAAGCAAAUUGGCAAGUGGGAUCCUUCCAUUUUUGCGCAUUUCCAGUUGGAUUUUCCAGAUGGAUUAUUUCCCGCAGGGGGAAAAUCUGACAUAGAAGGCAUAUUUCCACCACCCUACUUUGAAUGGUUCCAGUUCAAUGAGGAUUUCACAGAGUACACAAACCUUGAAGAAUGUAUUUCUCGUUUGUGUGAUUAUAUCACCACUAAAGGCCCUUUCGAUGGUUUGCUCGGCUUCUCUCAGGGUGCAACACUUUCAGCUCUUUUGCUGGGCUACCAAACACAGGGGAAGGUGUUGAAGGAGCAUCCGCCUUUGAAAUUUUUUGUGUCAAUUUCCGGCUCAAAGUUCAGGAAACCAAACAUAUGUGAAGUUGCUUAUAAAGAUACCAUUAAGGCCAAGUCAGUUCACUUCAUUGGAGCCAAAGAUUGGCUAAAAUUACCUUCCGAGGAUCUGGCCACUGCCUUUGAAAACCCUCUCAUUAUAAGGCACCCCCAAGGCCACACUGUCCCUAGACUUGAUGAAGCGGCCACUGAGCAACUACGCAGCUGGACUAGGGAGAUAAUACAGUUUGAAUUCGGCGACGAAAAUGAAACAAAAGAUGGAGAAUCUGGUAUUAUAAUGAACAGCAGAGAGAAACAAGUAGAGGGUUUGGCCCAGGCCUAGUAAUAACACAAGGCCUCAAUUUGUUGGGGUAAAAUAUUAAGGAACUUCGAUUUAUUUUUUCUCAACUCUAGAAAUAAUCCCUUUUGGGUGGCGUAAGUUCUUUAAUAUGUGGGUGGCAGUAUCUCUGAAUUUAGUGGUUUGUCUGAAUUUAGUGGCCUAGCGAAUAUGUAUAUGUGCUAGUGUUUGUUUAUAUAUGUGGUAAAUGUUUUAAAACUAGCGUUUUAACACAUAAAUCCUAAUUAAAUAUGAAAUGAUUAUUUUUUUCAA